UUCUGGUGAAAGGCAGAUGGGAUUCACCGUACUAUGACAUCCUAGACGAGCAUACGGGACCAUGGCUCAUUGCAAAAGUUUGCAGGAGAUGGCGGGAUAUAGCUUUAUCUUGUCCCUAGCUGUGGUCAUCGUUUUCGCUGCUCAAGGACUACGACAGAAUGCAAUACUACCCCGGGAAUCAAGGCUAUCGUGGAAUUCCCGGCGCGGUCCUUAACCUCGAUGAGCUCUCGGAACAAUCCUCUGAGGAUCUCGUAAAAAUGGCGGAGAAUGCUCUCAAACGUUCCGCAACCGCUCUGUUGACCGUUUAUCUCGUUCUUCUACUAUCAACAGAACGGGACGAUAGAGAAUGCUUAGAUCGGGUGUUAGCUGUCAUAGUUCGGCAUUCACAACGAUGGAAGGACGUAACGAUCUUGGCAGAGGAAAGUGUCAUAUUCUCCCUCUCCCAAAUACACGGUAAUCUCCCAUCAUUGAACAAACUGCGACUUCACUAUUUGACCAACACUGGACGUGUUUUCUCUGGAUUAGAAAUUGCGCCUCGGCUUCGCGAUGUCACAUUAGAGAAUCUGGGUCUUCCUAGAUACCUACCACUUCCUCAGUUCACAAGUUUAUCAUUUGUGGGAUCAGAUUUCCAUGAUGUACCGCCCGAAGACCUUUAUUCUGUGUUCCAGAAUGCUAGCGGUCUGGAGGAGUUUCACUGGUCCAAGUCACCAUUCCCUGUGCGCUACGAGACGGAGUGGGACACCACUCCUGAUACCCCGCUCAUCCUUUCGCGGCUGAGAGUCCUCGAUCUUUGUAUUUCAGAUGCAGGACUUUUCAACAGAAUCACACUCCCCGCAUUAAAGAAGCUGGAAUGGAAAACAUUUUUGCAAUUUCCUCAUUGCGAUGGUCUGGAGCAUGAUGAAUCCUACCCGGCACUGCGUCGACUUAUCACACGUUCUAAUGGGCUUCAGUCCCUGCGGACCGUUGUGCUCAAUCUCACAACUCUUCGACCACAGAUAUAUGGUUUGCUGGACGACAUUCCAGGGGUCGCUGAACUGCAUAUUGUCAAUGACAUUAACAGGGCUUCCUAUGAGGGCGAGCGGUUCAUUGUUCCCCUUUUCAAUGCGUUAUCCUAUGGCAGAGGUAGCCUCCCAAUAUUGUCACGGCUGGAAACCUUUAAAAUUAACGCUUGGGUUAAAAUAAUAUGCGAGACUUCAGAGGCCGGUAUCACUAUGGUGAAGUCGGGAUGGAGGGCAGGGACCGAUCUGGGUAGCUGCAAGCUUAGUGCUGUUGAAUUGUCUUGCAUAUUUCUGUCGGAAAAGUUCAGAAAGUGCCUAAUGGAUAUGCGCAGCGAAGGGCUGUCCGUGUCAGGAAGAAGUAUUUAAAUGUAUAUCCUGUCUGGAUCCUCCUAUAUGUAAUCGGUAACCAAAAUCUUUCUGGGAGUCUAAAGUGUUCCAUGGGUGACCUGGUAAAUCCCGCCCGGCUCCCUUCCCCUCGGACUUGAAUUGGGUCUCCCGCUAGUCAACGACAUUCAGACGGCUGCUGAGCUAUAUAUUGGCAUCGAGUUUGACCUACUUGCUCCUGACGAUGUUGGCGAUGACUGACAAGAGCGUCAU